AGAAAAGAGUACGAGCCUAACGCACACACACAGUCACACAUACACAUAAAUGUCGGCUCCCCUGUCGUACUUUGUGGAUUACUUUCCAAAUUGAACUAUUCAUCAAGAAAAUCCAGGCAUGAUCAGGUGGCAGCAUGUCGCAGCCUUGUUGAGCUGUGAAAUGAACCAUGGAGGGGUCCAGGAAGCCGGACACUAGCCGAGCCAACAGCCGCACGACCACCAGCAGCAGGAGAAGCAGCAGCCAGGGGAGGCCCCGCAGCAUGCAGCUGGGCCCUCACUAGCACCAAGUGGACCCAGUCCUCUCCUCUUCACCUGGGGCCAGGGCUGCAGAAUGCUCAGUCCUGUCACCCCAUACAGUCUGUUGAAGAUGCACUGGUCCCCGGAGCACGCUGCCCCCUUAUCUCAGUGGCCUGAGCAGCACCUAGAUGUCACCUCUACCACCUCGCCACCGUCUGCCCACAAACAUGACCCCUACGCUACAGCUGCUCGCCGCGGCUAUGCCCCUGCAGGUUACCCUUGGGCUAGUGAUGACAUAUCAGCCCUUACUGCGUCCUCUCUUCUCAAACGCUAUGCUGAGAAGUACUCGGGCUUGGAGCUGUCCUAUGAACGCCCUCCUACAGGAGCCUAUUCAGAGCCUGGUACUUUCCUGAAAACUGAAUCUGAGCCAUGGGCACUAGGCCAGGGCAUGGAGUGUUACCCUGGACUGGAGGCAUUAACUGGCACCAAGGUGUGCCCUGCAUCUGUGGGUAUUCCAGCCACGGGAAGUGUGACAGUAGUGAGCAGUAAUUUGACCUCUGAGCCAGGCUACAGUGGUGCUGGCUCCUGCAGUGCCCCGUCAUCUCAGGAAUACCCUCCUGCCUACAACAGCACCUACCUGUCUUCAGGAUACUGCCCUCAGCCCAGCGCAGCACUUCCCCCUGGCCCUCUACACCCUUUGCAGGCCGCCCCAACCCUAGUGCCCAGCUACAGCGCCAGCACUCCCGUCUACAACUACCCUCCAGGGUGCUACCCGCAAACCAGUCUGUCCUCUGGAUACAGCCACCCCAGUGCCUCCUACUUGCCCCCUGGGAUCAGUGCCCCCACUCCUCUGGCCCCUAGGCCCACCAUGGUGGGGGGCAGUUAUAACUACCCAUCUCACAGCCUUGGAGGGAGCUCCGAGGGAGGGGUGCCACUAAAACGCAAGGCCUUUGAGAUGGCAGAGGAAGGACAGGAGGGAGCAGAGGUAGAGGGGUCACACUACAGAAAGUAUGGCAACGGCCAUGGAAACAGUCAUAGCAAAGGUCACGGCAACGGGCACGGCAAUGGCUACGAUAUGAGUGGCUCGGCCUCAGACCCACAGGCCUACAAGCCUUCAAAGCCAAUAAUGUCACCCCCUUAUGGCGGGGCAGGGGACUACAGCCCACCAUCAGGUCUAGCAGGAGAGAGUGUGUCAGGGGAGCACAACUUUCCUCAGCAACAGAGAAUGUCUAUGAAGAUACCUGCACCGCAGACACGAUCUGAGGACCCCACUGCAGGGCGCUGACAACACUGGUCGGCAUUUGAGAGGAUACUCUCUGUUCUUGAAACCAACCAGGGUUUUUUGGGGGAACACAAUUAGAUUUGUCAAUGAAAGGUUUAACUUCACUAGCGAGCACAAGACUGGUAUUUCUUGUGCAACUUUAACAUUUUCAUUAUACAUGUUUUUCCAAAGAUUCACAGGAGCAUUUUGCCCUGUAAGAUUGAGGUAAGUCUUAGGGGCGAGGUUAAGGCAUUCUCUACAUAGAUAGUGUUAAGACAGUCUAAACGUAUGAGUGUCUGUUUCUCUCAGGAUCCUAUUUAUUUCCUUUCUGCUACUGCGGCAGCAGCACUGCAAACAUUGCUGUUUUAAAAGUUGGUGAAAUUUUUUUGUGGCCAUUAUGUAUGUGAAAGGCCUUCGACUGCAAUGUGUUCUUCCACACCACAAAAAUCAUUACCGACCAGAAAGUAAGGAGAGCAAUAACUGAAAUGGUGAGGUUGCUACACCACUUCAGCACAAUCACUGCUACUUUACACAGCUGUCUCCAAGGCUUGGUGUGUCACCUGGCCUUGAGAAAUGAAUGUUUUCCCUGCUCAUCCCUCGCUUUCCCCCUUUAACUUUUUUUCCCUUGACCCCUUCUUUUCAUGUUCCUUAUCCUAUCCCGGUGUCCUUCUUGUUUUCAAACUUCUUCAUUACUGAACAACUUUUUUUUGUCCAGUUUAUACAUAACAAGCUGCUUAUCAAAUGAUUGCAUAGUAUACAUGAAGCCGCCCUUUAAAAUUGUUUUGAUGUUAAGAAAGAGUGGGGAAAUAAUCUCAGAUUUUAUGUUCAUUUAAAAAUGUAUUUAGGAUUCACAAAUGGCAGCAUAUGCAGAUUGUCUUCAAAUUGUGUUGUUUACUUGCAGAUUUCUGCUGAUCCUUAAACGAACAGGUAUAUUUUUUAGAAAGUAUCUGUGAAUAAUGGUGCAGCUCACAUCUUUAAUAAAUCAAACUUUUACAAGAAAGUAGAAUGACUACACAAAUCUUAGAAAACAACCAAAAACAAACAACCAUGCUCAAGUCUGCACAAGUCUAAAAUUCACUCAAACCAAACAGUUUAAAGGCAUGUAAGCCUGUUUGUUACCUCUGUUUGGAUGCACAGCCCACAGAAACAUGCAGGUCUCAGUAGAGGAUAAAUCCUUCUUUGUGAGUGCCUCUUACAUUUUUUUCGCUCAACAUUACAUUCUUUAUGAAGAUCUACCUGCUUGUCUGCUAUAGGAUAUACUUUUUAAAAGAAAAUAUGCAUUCUCUUUACUUUUGCCUCUCAAAAGGAUGAUUUAUAGUCGUGUUAUUAAAUACUCAGGAAGAAUAUUGUUACCUCAGAAUGAUAAAAUAAGAAUGUAUGUUAUUACCUUAGGGUGUUUGUAGGGAGCUUUAUGGAGCGAGAUGAAAACGGAGCCAUGGGUUUUAUUAAGAGCAAAACAAACUCUGAACACAUCAGGGAAACUAUGAACUUACAAGGCCUUUGAUACAUACAGUAAAAAAAACGCACAUACAUACACACACAUGCACACACACACACAAAAAAGAAACACACAUGUGUCAUUGCUCUGGGAAAAUUAAACUUGAGGUUUUUGUACAAAGGCCUGAAAUGUUGAAUGUAAUUCAGAUAUUUUUUUUAAAGGACAAUACAUGCCAUAAUGUACAUCAAUGAUGUUUUUAGAUAUAUGAAACAUAUUUUCUUCAUGUAUAGAUGUAAUUCUCUUAUAGGUUUUGGUGGAGAAAUGAAUGACAUGUUAAGUGUUAGUGUAGUUAGCAGUGGGGAAACGGUUUUGUGGACAAACUGUCAAAACAAAGCACUCCUGAUAAACAACUUUUAACAUAUCAAGACUUACACAUAUUACAGAAUAUGUUUUAUAAUAGGUUUGUUAAUGUUUUAAUAAAGUGUCCAAUCUCCAUUUUCCUAUAUCAGUAUUUUAAAACAGCUUGAGUUUCACCAGUCAGUCAGUUGCAUAUGAGCUCAAACAUGAAUUGACACCAUCAAGAAGGGAGAAGUAAAAUAUUCACCAAGUAUUUUUCACUGUCAGAAAAUAUGUACAGUUACAGUGUUGUGGCUUUGUUGAUCCACUAUGCUAUCCCUUCAUAAGUUGUGCCAUACUUUUUUUAAAGGCAAAAUUAAACAAAACCAAACUAUUGCCUAAAACCAUGCCCCGAGAUUGGCUCCCCAUUGAUAGUAUGAUUUAGGCUGAAAUGCAGCUUCAGAUUUAGUCUGAAACUUAAUGUGAUAAAAAAAAGUAUUUUAAUUUGAAAAUUUAAGCACAUUCAUAAAAUUGAACUUAUCAGAAACAAAGACGUCACACAAAGAUAUUGCUUCAAAAUGUGCUGGAGGAAAAAAAAUACAGAUUACUAACAAUUUAUUACACAAAUAAUAAUGUAUUCUUACCCCCAGAUUUUAAAAGUAUUUAAGCGCUUAGCUACAACAAUUGAAUGCUCUUCAAUGCCACACAAACAAUGUGCUCUACAUUAACCUACAAAAAACAACAAACAACAGUAUUGAUGGUGUUUUCGGUUUUACUCGGAUUCAUUGAAGUGGAGUUGAAUUUGUCCAACUUAUGGAAAAUGGUAUUUCAGUGUUAUCUCUGUAAAUCAGUUGUACUUUUGUUGUAUCUUGUACAUUCUCUGUAACCAUUUCUACCUCAUUAUGAAGACAAUGUACAUGGAAAUAUUUAUUUCAUGUCAUUUCUCAUGCCAGUUUAAGAAGCAAUGUUUCUAAUUCUUGACCUGUUAUAGUCUACCUCACUAAAGACUGUUGUGUCAUGGAAAUGAAGAUAUCACACCAAA